GGGAAAGACGAUAACACCCUUGUAGAUUUACUUCGUAGUUGUGAGAGGAAUAAAAAGAAAACGACAAACGACGUAGCAGAGCAGAGGGCACAUAUAGAGAUCCGAAAAAACAAACGACUGUUAAGCGAGCCCUCCUCAACCUCACUGAAUUUUUUCUUCUACGGCGGCCAUGGCGGAAGACCUUGUACUAGAUACGCCGAUCAGAAAUUGGGUGUUGAUCCCGCUUUCGGUUGUCAUGGUUCUUAUCGGAGUCCUCCGCUACUUUGUUUCUAAGCUCAUGCGUUCCUUCCAAGUCCCCGAUCCAAAAAUCGUCAAAGAAGGGCAAGUCGUCGUUAGGGCACGGAAUUUGCGUGCUGGUGCUAAUUUCAUUCCUGCCAAAUCGUUUCGCGCUCGUAGGUUUUACUUCAGUAAUGAGGAAAAUGGGUUGUUACAUGUUCCGAAAGGACAGGGUCAGAACCCACAAGCGCAAAUGUUUUCUGACCCUAAUAUGGCAAUGGACAUGAUGAAGAAAAACCUUUCAAUGAUUAUUCCUCAGACUCUUACUUUUGCUUGGGUCAAUUUCUUCUUCUCUGGAUUUGUAGCAGCCAAAAUACCAUUUCCCCUGACUCAGAGGUUUAGGUCCAUGUUACAGAAUGGGAUUGAUUUGAGCACUGUUGAUGUCAGCUAUGUCAGUAGCCGCUCAUGGUACUUCCUCAAUCUAUUUGGAUUAAGAGGUUUAUUUAGUCUCAUUUUGGGAGAAGAAAAUGCCAUGGAUGACACACAGCGUAUGAUGCAGAUGGGAGGAUUUGGCUUUGAUCCAUCAAAGAAUUUAGGUGCUGAGAAGGACAACCUUGACAUAAUGCAGCAUGAUUGGGCCAUGCCCAAGUUUGAGCAGCGUGCUGAAGCAGUAUUGAGAAAACUAGUCCACUGAAAUAUCAAACUAGUCCCUUUUAAGAAAAAGAAAAGAAAAGGAGAUAUCAACCUAGUGAACAGUUUGAUGGUCAUGUGAACAGGCUUACUUAAUCUUUUUGUUCAAUUGCUUGUAUCUUUGCUAUUAGGAACACUUCAAAUACAUUACUGUAGUCUUUUUGCUCAUAAGUUUAUUCUAAUUAUUCAAAAGAAUUUGGAAUA